AGAACUCCUUAAGCUCUCUCUCUCUCUCUCUCUCUCUCUGUCUCUCUCUCAAUCCUGUGUAACGUUGAGAAUUGGAGAUGCAGAGUCCCUCUCCAAAGUUUGUUAUAUCUUCCUUUUACGUCCUUUGCUAGCAUUCACUUCGUACUUGUCCCUAUUACUACUACCUCUGCUCAAGAUUUUGAUGAACCUGCAGAGAAUCCCUUCAGGUAUAAGUCAGAGAUUUCCCCUCUUCCCUCCUCCCUCUUUUUGAAAUAGUAAAUGCAAGCAUGGUUGUCAAGAGUCUGGAUACCGGUGGUUCUCCUUUUAAAAGGCAGUAAUUCUCAUUGUUUUUGAGCUGAGCAGUGUGCUAAUAUUAUAUUGGUGUCUCUUCUUUCUUUCUUCUUCUUGAUCUUCUUCGUACAAUCAAUAAAAUUACCACAUGGCCAAUCCGUUUGAGAGCUCUUCGUUCAGAACAACCAGAUUUGAUACUGCAAUCUGGGCAGCAAAGCUCUUACUAUUAGCCAUAGGAAUUAUAUCCACUUAUAUUUUUUUCAAAGUGGCAAUAAUUCCAUACACAAUAGACUUGUCCCUAUCCACUCUACCACGCCUCUGGAUCUCCCUCAGAAGUUGGCUCUCUCCCCCUUACAUCUACAUCAUUGUCAACUUCAUCAUCAUCACCAUCGCCACCUCCUCUGCCUUCCAACACCAAAACCACCCUCCUUUCUCUUUACCCACAAUUGCUAAGCCCACCACCCACAAAUCCCAACCCCAACCCCAAGAUCAGACUUCUAGUUUCAAAGACUUAACCUCAGACGCCGUACCCACAACAAACAGCAUUCAUGAUGAUUUCCAUGACAUCAUCUGGGACGAAAUCGUGCAAUUAGAGCACGAGAAGGAACGAGUUGAACAUUUCGUGUCGUCCGACCCUUCACCAGAAUCAUCUUCCGAAAACUCUUGCUUGACGGAAGCCGGCAGGAAGGAUGGAGACGACGAUGAGAGCACCUUGGACGCGACUUGGAAUGCGAUCAUGGAGGCGCAAGGGAAGCCAUUGAAGCGGCAGCUCAAGAAAAGCGAGACGUGGGAUUUGCCGCCUCGGCUUGAGAGGUUUGGAGCGAUUCUGAAUGAUGGUGAUAUUGCAGUCCAUGGAGAUGAUGAGGAUGAUCCAGUGGGCUGGGCUCGGCGGGAGAUGAAGAAGUCGGACACAUUCAACGACAGAGUAUCAUUGGUGAUGAUGAGGAAGAAAUCAAUGAGUCAGGAGGAGUUGAACAGCCGAGCGGAAGCGUUCAUCAAGAAGUUCAAUGCUGAGAUGAGGUUACAGAGGCUUGAAUCGGAUCAGCGCUUCAUGGAGAUGGUGAAUCGUGGUAUCUAAGUUUAUUUCAAAAGCUUAUCAUGAGUAUUAAAAGAGAUGGAUUGCUGUUUCAAUUAUUAGCAUUAGAGACCCCAAAGAAAAUGAGACAUUCGAUCGAUCACCUCCAUUGAAGAGUACUUUUUGAUAUUUUCUUAUACAUAUACUCUAUAAUGUGUUUUU